AAAUAUACAGUCACUCUCACUGGUAGAGAAAUAUUUUAUCUCAAAAUAAAUUAAUCCAACAAAAAACAUAUUAUUUAUACUAAUACAAUUGCUUAGAGAAAACAAAAUAUUUUCUCCAAAGAUUGAUGACAAAAUGAUUGGCAAUGGUAAGGAUUCUUCUGUAAAAAGUCAAAAAGGAAAUCUUCAUUAACAUUCUGUAAACUCUUUUAUAAGUAUCUCUAAAUUUCAUCACCUACUACACGCAGACUUAUACACAAAGCCCACAAACAGCAACAUCAAACCGCAACAUCCUACUUUGCUGACAAUAUGCAUCCUUUCCCACUCAAAGUAGUUUACCUUUUAGCCAGUUGUGCAGUGUUAAACAGUCUGAUUUUGAUACAGAUGCUAAGAAAAUUAUUAAUCUCAAAUGAGUCUUGAGCUGAGAUCAGACCUCCCCCAGAACCUAAUCAGACAUUACUUAUUUUGAAUUACAUUUGAAACAAAAUUGUUACAUUAACUGUAGGGAAAGAAAUACAGUAUUUAAUCACAUUAAUGAGGUAAAUAGUAUUUCAUUAUAAUAAAAUAUUAUUAAAAAAAACAACAACAAUUUAUUUCAGGCGAGUGACAAAUUAAAGGAAAAACCAACAUAAAGUGUCCCAUUAAGGUGUUGGGCCAACCCGAGCCAUCAGAACUGGUGUAAAUUCUACAAGUCCCCAGUACUCUACUGGAGGGAUGGAACACCCUUUUUCCAAAAGAUAUUCUCUCAUUUGGUGUUUUGAUGAUGGUGGUAAAAUAGCCUACAGCCUAUUAAGUAGAAUAGCCUAUAGAACAGCUGUUUCAAUAUGCUUUAUAAAUGCUUCCCGCCAAUGUAAUAUAGAAAUAAAAAAGUUUGUGCUGAAUAAGUAUGUCUUUUGAAAUGCAUGGGCUAGAAUCAAGCUGUUUUUGAUGACUGAGGGAGACUAAUCAGAAUAAACCUAACCUGGCAAUUGGAUGCACUGUGGAAAGUGUGAUUGUUUAGUCAAAUGACAAAACCAAAGACUAACUACUUCUCCAUAGGGAGAGGCAAAAAUAGGUGGACUGCAGCUGUAUUAUUAAACUCUGCUCAAUGCUACGGUACUAUAUUUAUUUUGAAGACCAGCUUGUUUUCUUGCAUGCAAAAGGUAGACAAAGAAGCAUGGUAUGGGUUAGCUAAGGCGAAGAUUUGCUAGCACAAUAUGUAUGAUCGGAGCUUGAGUGGAGCCAGCCUGCCUGUCUCACAAUCCCCGGCGCGCAGCCUGCAAGCUGGUAUGGGCUGUGUGGUGCGAAUUUUCCAUUUCAAAACAGAACAUAUAUGAGUAUCUAGUGCCGCUAAUAUUAUAUUUCCUUAUCAUAGGCUACCUAAAUAAGUAAAAAUGAACUACAAGUUGUUCAUGCAUAAACACUGAAGGAAUAACACCAGUGUUUAAAGCAAUGUACUUUGUCUCUUGUGCUAUCUGUGAGCAUCUUGUUUUGUCUGUUCCCUGUGUUUUUUCCUGUUUGUUUUUAAUCAUUGAACCUAAACUGUAUGUGUAAACAUGUAUAUACACAGGGCCCAGCUCUCGAAGAGUCCUUGGUCUCAGUCUGUGUUCCUUGUUGAAAUAAAGGUUUAAUAAUAAUAAGUUCAUGUCAAUGUCACCAGUGGUUGAAAAGGUGAGUACAGAUCCGAGUUACCAAUGGUCGAAACACAAGACCGGGACUAGGGGACUACAACACCGCAACAACCCACUAUGGGGAUGGAGAUAGACUACCAACCAGAUGACUCAGCGGUCUCCUUGUUUGAAGAAGACUGUAUUAAUCACAUGAAGGACAUGAGGUUGGAAGCAGAGGCGGUGGUCAAUGAUGUGCUAUUUGCUGUGGCCAAAAUGUUUGUGUCCUCAAAUUUGGAAAGUGGCUUAGAUGUGGCCUACAUUAACGUGGAAACUAGAGAGGGCAACCGCUACUGCCUUGAGCUUAAUGAAGCUGGACUAAGGGUGGUUGGAUAUGCUUUCGACCAGGUGGACGAGAGCUUGAGCACCCAGUACCAUGAAACAGUUUAUUCGCUGCUGGACACCCUAAGCCCAGAUUACAGAAAGGCCUUUGGGAAUGCCUUGCUGCAGCGAUUGGAGAGGCUGCAGCAAAAUGGACAAUGAAUGACAAAAUGUAACUAAUGAUGUGAGAAAUGGGUUGUAGGAACAUCUAUGUGCCCUCUGAAUACAAACAUAGCAACUUUCCUUGUCAGGUUAUUUACCAGACAUCUAGCUAUCUGGCUAUAAGUAUUUAACUACUACUAAUACUUCAGUAAGUGAAAGUUUCUCUCCUGGGUUCAUCCUGGUUUUUUCUGGGUAUCGUAUUUGUUAUUCGAAGAAAAUUGUGACCUUGUGUGUCUUUGACCAGGAUUAUAUUGUCAUCAUUCGCAUUCAGGUUUUGUUGCUUUUGUGAAUAACUGUCAAGUUUAUUGAUAAUACAAUGUUAGGGUUUAAUUACAAACCCAUCGAUCUAGUGCUACUAGUACUACAAAAACCCUGCUUACUCUGCUUUAGAGGAUUGCACCUAAUGGUGAUUUAUUCUCUGCUAUCCACUAAAAUAAUUAUGCUUGGUUUCUGUUGUGUAUAUCAGCAAGUGCAUGUCUCAUUGAACCACCAAAGAGAGAAGAAUUUAGACUUCUCAAAAUCCAUAAACCACUAACUGAUAUUUUUAGUCAUAAACUGCCUUAACAAUGGAACAUGGUUUGCACUUUGGUCAGAAUCGUAAAGACAUCGUAGCGUUGAGGCACCAAUAUACCCUGGGUUCAAUAACAGGAAGUGUCACAUCCAGUUGUGACCAGGAGGCUAGUGCAUAUUGCUCAUGCCUAAAGGAGUUGGGGACGGCUGCCUGCAAUGCCUUUUCUGGCUCAUUGCGAUCUAUUAAGGCAAGCUUAGUUUGGUCAUAGCCAAAGUGGUUUUCCAGUGGUUUGGUCUCCCUGGUUGAGAGGGCAGUGUGAAAAGAAGCUAUACAGAUUGUCAGGUAUGUCUGUGUACAUGUCUAUCGGAGUCUCCUGAGCCCGUUGCAGAACUACAAAUUGGACAGCAUGAAAUGGGAAUCCUUUUUUCCCCCCGGUACUCCGAUACAGAAAAUAUACAUAUUUGUCAUAUCAUUUGGCUAGAGCAAUGAAUUCAGGCAAGGUCUUGAGUUCUAUUAAAAAAAAUUUUUUUUAAUGAUGUGUCUAUCAUUAAACCCAGUAAAAUAAUAAAAUCUUCAAAAUAUU